CCAGGGCAGCGCCUCAGAUCUCACUCUUAAGGCACUCACACACACACACAAACACACACACUCACACACGUACACACACCCACAGCGGAUCAGAACGUCUAAAAUGGGCAAGAUUAUUUUCUACGAGGACAAGAAUUUCCAGGGUCGUCGCUAUGAGUGCGACAGCGACUGCUCGGACUUCCACACCUACCUGAGCCGCUGCAACUCUAUCCGGGUGGAGAGCGGGGCCUGGGUGGUGUACGAGCGCCCCAACUACAUGGGUGCCCAGUACGUGCUGACCCGCGGAGAGUACCCCGAGUACCAGCGCUGGAUGGGCACCGGUGACCGCCUCAACUCCUGCAAGAUGGUCCACAUUGGCAGUGGCUCCCAGUAUAAGAUUCAGUUCUACGACAAGGGCGAUUUUGCCGGGCAGGCGUAUGAGGCCACUGACGACUGUCCCUCGGUACCAGAGCGGUUCCGCACGCGUGAGGUCCACUCCUGCAAGGUCCUGGAGGGCGCGUGGGUCUUCUACGAGCACCCCAACUACCGCGGCCGCCAGUACCUGGUAGAGAGGGGCGAGUAUCGCAAGCCCAUGGACUGGGGCGCUGUGUGUCCCACCAUCCAGUCCUUUCGGCGCCUCACCGAGUAAACAGCCCCACCCCAAUGUUCUGUCCAUCCCGCACCUUCCUUUCGAUUGACCCAUCGCCCCCCCCAACCCCCCCGCUCCUCCCUAGAUACCGCCGUUACCUCGGAGGCCGUCAUGGCCCCAGCUGAAAUAAAGCUGAGAGGACAGUU